AUGGCGGGGGCCGGUUUCCGCCCAGGCAGUCCCCGCGGGGCUCGGGCGGCGCCGCUUCCGCUGCCGGCGGUAGCAGCGCGGGAAAUGGCGGCUAGCCCGGCCCGGCCCAGAACAGCGGAGCCGUGCGGCGGGACGCAGCGGCCAGGCCCCGACCUGGCUCCGGCUCUGGCCGACCCCCGCGUGCGCUGCUACUCCAAGCGCUGGGUGCGCGAGGUGCUGGCGCGCUGCGGCCCCUGCGUGCGCGCGCUGCUGCCCGGCGCCGGCGCCGAGGAGUCACAGCCGGGAGACGCGCUGUGGAAUUUUGAAACGGCUGUUCAGGAAAAUAUUACUAUUAAUGGAGAGCCCUGGCAGGAAACUUCAGAUGAAGAUGAGCUUCAAAGUGGUUCUGAUAUCAAAAUCCUUGAAGAUCAAUUUGAUGAACUUAUAGUCGAGACUGCUAGCAAGCGUAAGCAAUGCCCCAGAAAAAUAGUGGUACAUAUCAUCAAGACCAUGAAAGCAGAGCAAGAAAUAUUGAAGCUCUACAAGCCUGUUGUAAAGCCACAAGAGAUAAGACCGGAGCCAUCUCAAGCUGAUUGCAUGGCAGAUCUGAGACAAGUAACAGGAGUAACAUCAAAACAAAUUGGCGAAGCAAUGAAGUCUCUCCCAGCACUGAUAGAAAGAGCAGAGGGAUUUUCCCAAGCACUAGCUUUGCAACCAGUCUUGGAACUGUGCAAGCUCCGACAAGAAGUUUUUGCUGGUUGUAAAGCUAAAGAAGAAAAUAAAAUCCAGAGCCUCAUAACAGAAGUGGAGAUCACACCAACAGAGACUGCUGCCAAGAAAAAUUCUGUGCUGAAAAGGAGGAGACCCUCAGAUGCAAUACAGUUAGCACGCUAUCCAUUGCGACGAAAGAGAAAUAGUCUGAAUACAUGAAAGUUUUUAUAUACUUAUUUUCAAGCUUGAAAAUGUAUUCUUCUUUUGUCCACUGUAUGGUUUAACUGUUUGCUUUUCCAAGGGUAAAUUCCAAAGUUUUUUUAUAAGAGGGAUGUAGCCUUUCAUUUUUCAUUAGCUUCUCAGUAACGUAGCCUUUCAUUUUUCAUGUCAUAUUUCCUAGUUAUAUGAAAACCUGAACAUAUCUAUAAUAAUAAUAUACAGUAAUAUCCAUUUUAGCAUACGCUCAUAUUCCCACCAGACAAUUUUUUAUCAUCUUCAGAAUUGGAAACUUUAUGGAUUAGCCAUUUAUUGCAGGACUAGACUCUGGCUCAGAUGUUUCACACUCAUGUACAUGCUUGACUUUAUGCAUCAUGAAUAGUCCUGUUGCAUUGACUGAGAUUACUUGUGCAUCUAGUUAAGCAUUUAUAGGAAAAGAUCAAAGAACAAGCCUUAGACCAUUAUAAAACAGCUUUCCAUAUAUGUAUCCAGACUGCUGUUUGCUUUACUUGUUGAGUAUGUAUGUUUAAAAUAUAUCAAAGCAUAAUCUUUACAUAGAAGAUAAAGUUUUGAUUUAUUAAAUUCAGAUGUGAUUGCAAAAAAUGCAUUUUCUAGUCAACUUUAUACUAAAAUUGGACUGGUUUGGCUUAUUUUUGUUUAAAUUGGCCAAAUCAGUGAAAUUUUGAUUCAUUUUUUUUUUUUUUUUUUUUGCUAGUAGCGUACAUCGACAAAAAGUGAGACCCCCCCGAUGUCAUCUUUGACAUAACUGCAUAUAUAGACUCAGGUUUGAGGAUUCUGAUUUAGAAUUAUGUAUGUGUGUGCCUUUAUAAAAUAUUUGACUAGUCUUUUAAAUAAUUUAGAAUACAAAGACAUGAAUAUCGAGCUGUAGAGUGUCUGCAUAUAUAUAUGUACGUAAAACAAGAAAAUUGCAGUAUAGUAAAUUGAACAUCACAUCUUUAAUUAUAUUAAAUGUUUUUGCAGUCAAAGCUGUAUAUAACUUCUUGGCUACUAAUUACAUAUGCUUGCAAUACAAGCUUAAUUUCUGUAAUGUGAAGUGCUUCCUCACAAGUUAACUUGUUCUUGAAGAAUUUCACUGAUCAAGUUGACUUCAGUAAGAGGGAAAACUUAGCUUCCAAGAGACUAAAAAUAUUUAAGAAAAUUUGGUUAAAUUGUAGAUCUGAUAAAAUAUUUAACUAAAAAAAGUAAUUUGUCAUGAAAUGAGAAUGUGUAUAUUUAAUAUAUGUACAUAAACACUGUUUUUAUGUCUAACUUGUGAUUUGUAUAUUUGUAAAUAGAAAUGUCAGCUUUUAAACAAAGCAGAUAAGCCAAUUAAAAUAAAAUGGUCUGAAGUUCGAA